GGGAGGAGACUCGUAUGACGUUCGACUCAAUUCAUCUUUCCCAGCAGCGCAAAUUUUCAAAGCGCGCACAGCUAAUCAUAGAAUGAUCGGUGUCGACUGCGCACGCACAACAAUUCAUUUUUGGGCACUCUAGAAAACACCAACCACCGGAAUGAGUGAACGACUUGCCUACACUCCCAUCAUUUUAUGUCCAUUAUUUUAUUGCUUUGAGUAGAAUGAUUUUGCUUUUCUCCGCUGCAGUUUUUGCGUUGGAUGGCAUGCUAUCUCAAGAAAGGACGAGCCCCUCUUCUCUCACAGAAGCAUAGCAUUUCUCUGCAAGAGAGAGACAUACAAGCCCUAUGCAGGUGAGCAUUAGGCGAGCUAACUAUAGAAUGUCGCUUUGCAUUUAUUUAUUUAUUGUCUAGUGUUACUUGGAAAGUUAGGAUUUUUUUGUUUGUUACAUUGAGCAAAUCGGUUACACACAAAGAAUACGGAGAAAAACGCAGCGAGAGUCGAGAAUCAUAAGAGGACCUCUCGCGCAAGCCUCAACAUCUCACCGAGUCUCACCCUCAUACCUCAGGAAAAAUGUCAUCUCAAACUAGAGUCAAGAAGGACAAGGAGAUCAUAGGAGAAUAUGAAACGCAAGUCAAAGAGAUCCGUAACCAGCUGGUGGAGCAGUUCAAAUGCCUGGAGCAGCAGUCCGAGUCUCGUAUCCAGCUGCUGCAGGACCUGCAGGACUUCUUCCGCCGCAAGGCUGAGAUCCAGCUGGAGUACUCCCGCAGCCUGGAGAAACUGGCCGAGCGCUUCUCCAACAAGAUCCGCAGCUCCAGAGAACACCACCAGUUCAAGAAGGACCAGCACCUGCUGUCCAGUGUGAACUGCUGGUACCUGGUACUGAACCAGACCAGGAGAGAGAGCAGGGACCACGCCACCCUCAAUGACAUCUAUACCAACAACGUUAUCGUCCGCCUCGCCCAGAUCAGCGAGGACGUAAUCCGCCUCUUCAAGAAGAGUAAGGACAUUGGGAUUCAGAUGCAUGAGGAGCUGGUGAAAGUGACAAAUGAACUCUACACUGUGAUGAAGACCUACCACAUGUACCACACAGAGAGCAUCAGCGCUGAGAGCAAGCUGAAGGACGCUGAGAAGCAGGAGGAGAAGCAGUUCAGUAAGUCUGCUGAUCUCAACGUCCACCUGCUGCGCCACGAGGACCGGCCCCAGAGACGCAGCUCCGUCAGGAAGAUUGAGAAGAUGAAGGAGAAGAGGCAAGCCAAGUACUCCGAAAACAAGCUGAAGUGCACUAAAGCCCGCAACGACUAUUUGUUGAACCUGGCAGCAACGAAUGCCGUUGUGGCGAAAUACUACAUCCACGAUGUCUCUGAUAUGAUUGAUUGCUGCGACCUGGGCUACCAUGCCAGCCUGGCACGUACCUUCAGGACCUACCUGUCAGCUGAGUACAACCUGGAGACUAGUCGCCAUGAGGGCCUGGACAUCAUGGAGAACGCCGUGGACAACCUGGACUCCCGCAGCGACAAGCACAAGAUCAUGGACAUGCACAACCAGGUGUUCUGCCCUCCCAUGCGCUUCGAGUACCUGCCCCACAUGGGGGACGAGGUGUGCCAGGUGAGUGCCCAGCAGCCUGUGCAGACUGAGCUCCUAAUGCGCUACCACCAGCUGCAGUCCCGCCUGGCCACACUCAAGAUCGAGAACGAGGAGGUGAGGAAGACACUGGACGCCACCAUGCAGACCAUGCAGGACAUGCUGACUGUGGAGGACUUUGAUGUGUCUGAUGCCUUCCAGCAUAGCCGCUCCACUGAGUCCAUCAAGUCUGUGGCCUCUGAGACCUACAUGAGCAAACUGAACGUGGCCAAGAGACGGGCCAACCAGCAGGAGACAGAGGUCUUCUACUUCACUAAAUUCAAGGAGUUCCUGAACGGCAGCAACCUCAUCAUUAAACUGCAGGCCAAGCAUGACCUCCUGAAGCAGACACUGGGAGAAGGAGAAAGGGCUGAAUGUGGGACUUCGAGGCCCCCCACUCUACCCCCUAAACCACAGAAAAUGCGGAAGCCUAGGCCGCGCUCCAUCUAUAACCAUAAACUGUUUAACGGCAAUAUGGAGACCUUCAUCAAGGAUUCAGGUCAACCUAUUCCUCUUGUGGUUGAGAGCUGUAUUCGACACAUCAAUUUGUAUGGGCUCCAGCAGCAGGGCAUAUUCCGUGUGCCUGGAUCCCAGGUGGAGGUUAAUGAUAUUAAAAACUCAUUUGAGAGAGGCGAAGACCCAUUGAUUGAAGACCAGAAUGAACAUGACAUCAACUCAGUGGCAGGGGUCCUCAAGCUGUACUUCAGGGGCCUGGAGAACCCUCUGUUCCCCAAGGAACGCUUCCUGGAUCUCAUGUCUACUAUAAAACUGGAGUCUGGAGCUGAGAGAGCGCAUCACGUCCAGCAGAUUGUUGUGACUCUUCCUCGCACCGUCAUCAUCGUCAUGAGAUACCUGUUUGCUUUCCUCAAUCAUCUAUCCCAGUACAGUGAUGAGAACAUGAUGGAUCCCUAUAACCUGGCCAUCUGCUUCGGCCCCACCCUGAUGCCCAUCCCCGACGGACAGGACCCUGUAGCCAUCCAGGCGCAUGUCAAUGAGGUCAUCAAGACCAUCAUCAUCCACAACGAGGUCAUCUUUCCCAGCUACCGUGAGCUGGACGGGCCAGUCUAUGAGAAGUGCAUGACUGGAGGAGAGGAUUACUGUGACAGCCCCCACAGUGAACCAGGCACCAUCGAUGAGGCUGACAACGGGACUGAGCCACACACCAGUGAUGACGAGGUGGAGCAGAUUGAGGCCAUCGCUAAGUUUGACUAUGUGGGGCGCACCCCCCGGGAGCUAUCCUUUAAGAAGGGAGCGUCACUACUGCUGUAUCACCGCGCCUCCGAGGACUGGUGGGAGGGGCGGCACAACGGUGUGGACGGACUGAUCCCACACCAGUACAUUGUGGUGCAGGACCUGGAUGAUGCGUUCUCAGAUAAUCUCAGUCAGAAGGCGGACAGCGAGGCGAGCAGCGGACCACUGCUGGAUGACAAGGCCUCAUCCAAAAACGACGUCCCAUCACCGUGUGAACACUCCCUCGACUGCAACUUUGGAGGAGUCAUGGGGAGGGUGAGGCUACGUUCUGACGGGGCCGCCAUCCCUCAGCGCCGCAGCGGAGAGACCCACAGCCCUCCCCGGGGCACAGACACACCCCCGCGGGCCGCAGCCUGUCCCAGCAGCCCCCACAAGGUGGCAGUGAGCAGGAGUCGCUUGGAGAGCACGGAGAAGAGGCGCCUGGGCACAUUUGGCAGUGCGGGCAGCAUCAACUAUGCUGACAGGAAGGUCUACCCCGAGGGCCACCCCCUGAGGCACGUACCAGGAGCCACACGCCACAGCAGCCUGGGGGACCACAAGUCACUGGAGGCUGAUGUCCUGGCAGAGGACAUAGAGAAGACAAUGACCACGGCCCUACAUGAGCUGCGUGAGCUGGAGCGCCAAAACAUGGGCAAGCAAGCACCAGACGUGGUGCUGGAUACCCUGGACACCACCAUGAAGAAGCCUGUGAACUCGGACCCCGGCAGCCCCCUCCACACCAUCAUGAUCCGCGACCCGGACGCCGCCAUGCGCCGCAGCAGCAGCUCCACCUCUGAAAUGAUGUCCACCUUUAAGCCCGCCUUGUCGGCCCGUCUGGCCGGAGCCCAGCUGCGCCCCCCGCCCAUGAGGCCUGUCCGCCCGCCCCCCACAGGGCACCGCUCCUCCAGCUCCAGUUCCUCUGGGGUAGGAAGCCCUGCUGUCACCCCCACUGAGAAGAUCUUCCCCAACAGCCCUGCCGCGGCUAGCUCUGCAGCUAACGCAGCCGGGGACAAGUCAGGCACCAUGUAACUCUGAGGGAGACUCAGGGUUUUCAUGUUGCAACAGCUUGAGGGAGAGGAAAGGCCAUAGAAAUGCGAUGAUGUGUUGUCAAUAUGUUCUCAGAGAACAGGUGUGGAUUUUCCCUCUCCUUGUUUUGAGUUUCACUUAAUUUCUUGAAUUCAGAAAGCUCCUGGAGUGAGCCUGAGUUGCCAUAGUGAUGGCAGGUGGAGAGGCUGUAGGGGUUUGAUAGCAUAUUAACUCAACACUGAAGCUUGAUGUGAAAACGGACUUGAAGAGAAUGAAUAAAAUCACCUCAAAGUAAAAGGAAUUUUUUCGUUUUCGUUUUUACCUCAAAAUUAUGUCUGUGGCCCCGCUUUUUAGAGAUUCAUUGACUGCAAGACAUGAAGAAGUACUUGUGUAAUUUUGGCAUUGGUUUUCAUCCUGCAGUAGUUGUCCAGAUGAUGUCUGAUCCCUCGUUACUGGUGUGUAUGAGACUCUUCUCUCUGGACUGGACACUCAGUCUACCAGACUGCUUCUAAGAGACUGAAACCAAGAUGGCCAUCUGCCUUUUGGCUGUAAAUAGAGACUUACUUGAAGUUGUUAUGCCUUUUGUUUGUACUGUAGUAUAAGGGAUGUUCAACAAAGUAACAACAUGUCAACGUAUAUGAGAUAAUUGUAAGAAACUCAAAAUGUAGUUUAACUUGUAUAUAGUUAUUGAUUAGUAUGUAUUUUUUUGUGUGUGUUAAUCUUGUACAGGCCAAGACGGAACAGGCAAGUAGAUGUGAAUGGCAUUGUCAAAAAACAAACACAAAUAGUCAACCAGCAAACAACGAAAAAAUAUCAAAAGGUUUCUGCUUCCUUUGUUAUUUUCUUCCCUUUCUCACACACAUCACAGCACGGACAGUUGUGUUUAGAGUAUGUGGACAUGUGGAUGUCAUCAUACCACACAUUGUAUUUAUGAGUUAAAACUACAUUUGCGCUUCUCUACUCAAAUGGAUCCUGAUGUUCUGUCUUCUGCCCACAGCAGUUCUGCAUGCACUGUAAAUAAGGCCAAGUCAGUCUCCAGUUGAGUCUGCUUUUAUUCCAUUUGUAUUGUUGUUGAAAUGCUUUAUCAUUCCUCAUAUAAAUACUUCCAAGAUAUUAUUCAGAUUUAAGACAGUAAAAUGAGUGUAUUAUACCAUAGUUUGCCAUGGUAAGGUUUGAGCCAUCUUUUAAAAGUUUGUAAUACUGUGAGAAUACUGUUGACCAUGGCCCUUUACCACAUAGCCCCUCACUGUUCCAACAGCUCUAGAGGUCAACACAAGAGCCUGUCUUCUGCUGACACAGUAACCUGUGUGAAGUCAGUCCACAACUAGACACUAAUUUGUGUUCCUUCGACGCACCCGAUUUCAAACUAUACACACUUUGCCAUCUUUAAAGCAACCUCUUGCCUGUUCGAGUCUGAUUUAUGUAAUACUUUCUACGCGCAAAAUAUGUUACAAAGUACUGUUACAAUAUUCCUUGUGAUUUGAAAUGUGAUACCUUACCUAGACAAGUCCAGUGUUGCCUGAGAAGUGAACCGUAAGUGUUGUGAUAUAAUAACAGCAGAACAGUGGUCUUACCUCUCCUCCUCUUGGUUCUAACAUCCUCACUGUCAUGUUCCAGUGUCUCAUCCCACUUCUUGUUUUCACUCCUUUGUAGUGAGGAAAUAUAAGUGCGUACUGAAAGAAGAUGACACUGUAGGCCUAUACUGUAGCUGCCAUGUUAAAUUGUAGCUGCCCUGCAUGUUUUAUGCUGUACCAUUUGACACAAACAAUGUGACAAUUGAACAAUGACUGUUUGCGGUGCCCUUCCUCUGUAAAACGCACAAGUGACUUAAUGUUUAGGCCUUUUGCUUUCGAGGGUUGGGCUAUACCCUAGUAGUUAACCAUUUUGGAAUAUGUGAAUACCUGUUGUCACUAACAUGUAGCAGUAACAUGUGGGCAAUGGAAGUGAAUUGCCAGCCAAGGUGGAACAAAAAAUCAAGGACAGAUAUAUCAACCUGAAUCUCAUGCUGUGAUUCCAUAAUCAAUCAUAUGUAUAUUAUUCAGCCACUGUUAUGUGUGCAAAUCUUGAUUUCAUACACAUAGUUUCCUAUGAGACACAUACAUACUUUCACUGGAAAAAGCUGUCAUGAUCCCAUCCCAGACAUUUGCUUGCCAUUUGCGCUUUGUUUACCACAAACAUUGUAGUCAAUUCUGUCCCACUCCAUCUGUUGCCCCCUGCUGGGUAGAUUCUAGCCUACAGGCAGGGCACACAGAGACAAGUCAAACAACAUAAGUUAUACACUUACACCCUCUGCUGGUCUUAUAUGGUAUUGCUUUAACUAGAAGUGCUGUGAUUCUGGUCAGGUAUGAGUAAACAGAUGGCACUGUCCAUCAAUAGGAACUGUCACUGAUGACAACCAAAUCAUGUUUUUUUUUGUCCCGUUGAACUACAAGAAUUACAUAACAUUUUUGUAUUAACCACAGUUCUCAUCGGUAUAACUGAAGAGUCCAUUCAAGUUCAUUUUUCCCAAACAUACAUAAGCUGUAUUUUCAAAGAUAAAGUAAAACACAUGCUAAAUGUUGAUUUGCAAAAGUAAAAUGUAUAUAUUUGUUUAUUAGUAUUUUGUUUAUUUAUGUCUAAAAUGAGUAAGUGCCUUUUGUGCACAUCAUCAGUUUUUAAUGAACUUGUAUAUUUACCUUUUUUAACGAUAUAGUAAGUCAGUCAUGUUUGAUAUUCACUUUUUUCAUAUUUUCCCCUUCCCACACAUCAUUUCAUCUGAGGAAUAUCAAGAAAACAAGUGAUGUAAAUAUGUAGUGUACACAUUGCUAUAGAAGAAGUACUAUGACCCCUUCAGAUGUCAUACUACCAGAGCGACUGAAAUGUACUAUUUACUUGUAUGAUUGAUUGUCUAAUAUGCUCUAGUUGAUUCCUGGAGGGGUAAGCGAUUUAUAAAGAAGACUUGGACUGCUGUACAUUUACUCAUUUAUGGCAUCGUUCAGUGAAACCAUCUCUGAUUGAUAAUUUCAUCCUUUCUGUUUUCUGUCUGUGCUGUGGUUGAACCUUUACUUCUACUCAUAUACUCAUCAUCCUCCUACAAAGUGAACGCACCAUUGCAGUGUUACUCCUCUACUUGCAUGGUUUAUAAGGCACAUGGUGAACUCUCUUCUUCUAUGAGCUGUAUAGGAUGUUCUGUUCAAGGAAGUGUUUUGAUUUCUGGAAUGUAUGCUAAACCUGGGUAAUGGAUGUUGUAUGUUGGCUAAUAACAAUGCUUAUGAAGUAACAUUCAGAGACCAAACUGGCUGAGUGCCUGUGGUGGUGAGUGUGAGUUGUCGUCAUACUGUCUACCGUCUCUCUCUCUCUCUCUCACUCUCACUCUCUCUCUCAUGUCUCUCUCAUGUAUCUCUCUCUCAUGUAUCUCUGUUUCUCUCUCUCUCUCAUGUCACUCAUGUCUCUCUCUCACUCUCUCUCACUCUCACUCUCUCUCUCAUGUCUCCCUCUCUCAUGUAUCUCUCUCUCUCUCUCUCUCUCUCUCUCUCUCUGUCUCUCAUGUCUCUCUCUCACUCUCACUCUCUCUUUCAUGUCUCUCUCUCAUGUCUCUCUCUCAUGUCUCUCUCUCUCACAUGUCUCUCUCUCUCUCUCAUGUGUCUCUCCCUCUCUCUCUCUCUCUCAUGUCUCUCUGUUCAUGAGUGCUGACUGGUUAAAUCCCUUUUAAUGUAAUGUACACCAUGCCACUGUUUGGAUGUUGAGAACCGCUAUGUCCAAAUAAAAAAACGAAUGUUGCCCUCUGA